AAGGGACGUCAGACGUAAAGCGGAAGUGCAGCGUCCAACGUUAUCGUGUAGAGGUUGAGAGCUGUUUGUCAUCACUGCGAAAAUGCCGGAGUUAGCGGUGGAAAAUGUGGUCGUUCACCCCCUUGUGUUGCUCAGCGUGGUUGAUCAUUUUAACAGGAUAGGAAAAGUCGGGAACCAGAAACGAGUGGUUGGUGUCCUCCUGGGAUCAUGGCAUAAAAAGGUUCUUGACGUCUCAAAUAGUUUUGCAGUGCCAUUUGAUGAGGACGACAGGGACGACUCUGUGUGGUUCCUGGAUCAUGACUACUUGGAGAACAUGUACGGCAUGUUUAAGAAAGUUAAUGCCAGAGAAAGGAUAGUUGGCUGGUACCACACAGGACCCAAGUUGCAUAAGAACGACAUCGCCAUCAACGAGCUCAUCAAGCAGUACUGUACCAAUUCGGUGUUAGUCAUUAUAGAUGUAAAGCCCAAAGAUCUUGGUCUGCCCACAGAAGCAUACAUCUCUGUGGAAGAAAUACACGAUGAUGGCACUCCAACGUCCAAGACAUUUGAGCAUGUCACCAGUGAGAUUGGAGCUGAAGAAGCUGAGGAAGUGGGAGUGGAGCACCUGCUUAGAGACAUCAAGGAUACCACAGUUGGCACUCUGUCACAACGCAUCACAAACCAGGUUCAUGGACUGAAGGGACUCAACUCAAAGCUGCUAGACAUCCGCUCUUACCUAGAGAGGGUGACCGCAGGCAAACUUCCCAUCAACCACCAGAUCAUCUACCAGCUGCAGGAUGUGUUCAACCUCCUGCCAGAUGUAAAUCUACUGGAGUUCACUAAAGCCUUCUAUCUAAAGACCAACGACCAGAUGCUGGUGGUGUACCUGGCCUCGCUCAUACGCUCUGUGGUGGCUCUGCACAACCUAAUCAACAACAAGAUUUCCAACCGAGACGCAGAAAAGAAGGAAGGACAGGAAAAAGAGGAAGGCAAAAAGGAGAAGAAAGACGACAAAGAGAAAAAAGACGAGAAAGACAAAGACAAGGAAAAGGAGAAAGCAGAUGGUGCCAAGAAAGAUGAGAAGAAGAAGAAAUAAGUGUUCUUCUGUGGUCUUCUCUCAAAUCUCACUGUCUUCAUCUGGAAGGUGCUCUACUUUCUGCCCAUGGUCACAUCUCAGUAUGUGGGUCUCAGGCUAAAAGUAGGACUCUAUAUGGAGAAUGGUGUCAUUUGAGAUUUAUCCUUGAGGUCACAAACGACACUCAUAAAGACUGUUAUUAUCCCAUAUAGAGAUGAUGACGUUUGCCCUUCUGUGUUCAGGACUGUGAGAAUGUUUAUGCUGUUUUCAGAGUUGCCAUGCUCCUGCUUUUUUUGUAAGAUGGAGGGAAAAAAAAUGUUUUGUUUCUGUAUCACUCAUUAAAUUGGGAUCAUAUAUAUAUAAAAAAAAUGCAGUUUUCAUUUUCCCUA